GGCCCAGUGAUAGAAUUGGAGGAUGCUGGACAGGGAGUCAGGAGACUUGGAUUCUAGUUUCUGCUCUGCCUCUACUGUGCUUUAUCACCUAUGCCAAGUCACUUAACAUCCCUCAGCCUCAAUUUCCUAUCCUGUGUAAUGAAAAGAUGGAAGGAGGAAUCUCUAAAGGUAGGGAGGUAAUUUGUGGGGGCCGUCUUGUCAAUUCUAGUGGAACAUUUACCAGUCCAUAUUAUCCUGGGCACUAUCCUAUCCUUCUGAACUGCAUCUGGGAAAUAGAAGUGGCCAAAGAUUUCCAAAUCAUUCUGGUCUUUGAUGAUUUCCAAGUGGAAUUUGAGGAUUCCUGCAAAUACGAUUACAUUGAGAUUUUUGAUGGCUCCCUGGAGGCUCCUUCAUUUGGAAGAUUCUGCAGAGGUCCUGUCCAUGCACUAACAUCACAAUCCAACCAAAUGACAGUAGUUUUUAAAACUGAUGGCAGCAUUACAGAUCAAGGGUUUUCUGCUUCCUAUGUUUCUGUCCACAAAGAGGGUUCCUUGAGAUUGGUGAGCAACCACAGCAGAUGUGAAGGCCGGGUAGAAAUCUACCAUGAUAGAAAGUGGGGGACUAUUUGUGAUGAUGAUUGGGACCUAAAUGAUGCUCAGGUGGUUUGUAGACAACUGGACUGUGGGAGAGCUAUUUCUUCCUUGGGAAAUGCCUAUUUUGGAGAAGGAUCAGGACCCAUUGCAAUGGAUGAUGUACAAUGUACAGGGAAUGAAUACCAUCUGUGGGAGUGUUCCCACAGAGGCUGGUUUUCCCACAACUGCAACCACUAUGAAGAUGCCAGUGUCAUCUGCUCAGCUGUUAAGCCUGAGGAGAGAGCUUUGGCCAACAGUUGAUCAUGGUCAUGGUCCUGUAGUACUCAAUACCCUGUUAUUUCUGUUCUUCCAGAUACCACCACCUUGAGACUGGUGGCUUCCUCCAACAGAUGUGAAGGUCGUGUGGAGGUUUACCAUGAUGGACAAUGGGGGACGGUUUGUGAUGACAGCUGGGACCUACAGGAUGCCCAGGUGGUCUGUAGACAACUGGGCUGUGGGGCAGCUAUUUCUGCCCCAGGAAAUGCUUAUUUUGGUCAAGGCUCAGGACCCAUUUCCCUAUACAAUGUCCAGUGUACAGGGAAUGAAAAGAACCUAAGGGAGUGUUCUCAUAAAGACUGGUUCUCCCAGAAUUGUAGUCACCUCAACGAUGCCAGCGUCAUCUGUUCCAAUAUCAUUUGCACAGAACAAAUCAGUCUGAUAGUUCACUCUUUGAAAGCAAACAAUGUGGAUAUGAAGCAGGUGUGCAUGGACCCAGAGCAAUUCACUGACAACAUGGCGACACUAGGAAGCUUCUUCCCUCUUGUCCUUCUCAUUCUACCAUGCCUGGCAGAAAAGGACUUGGGGCAAUUUAAAGACAGUAAAAUGAGUUGUGGGGGUCUCCUCGUUGAUUAUUAUGGAUCAUUUACCAGUCCAAACUAUCCUGGAAACUACCCCAAUCUCCUAAAUUGCAUCUGGGAAAUAGAAGUUGAUAAUGAUUUCCAAAUCAGCCUGGUCAUUGAUGAUCUGCAAUUGGAAUUGGAGGAUUUAUGUACUUUUGACUACAUUGAGAUUUUUGAUGGUUCAUCAGAUGCUUCUUCAUUUGGAAGAUUCUGUAAAGGUCCCAUCAGAACACUGAUAUCAAGCUCCAACCGAAUGACAGUUUUAUUUAAAACUGAUAGCAGUAUCACAAAACAAGGGUUUUCUGCUUCCUAUAGUAGCAGCCACAAAGAAAGCCAUCCUACCACUCCAUUCCCUACCACUCCCUUCACUAUACCAGAAUGCAAUACGGUUCCUUCAACAUAUGAGCCCUUUGAGGGUUGCGGAGGCUUUCUGUCUGGUCCUGAAGGCUCAUUCUCCAGUCCCUUCUACCCAGGAGAGUAUCCAAAUAAUGCCUACUGUGUGUGGCAAAUAGAAGUGGACCCAGACUUAAUCAUAGAACUCAUCUUUGAUGAUGUGGAGCUAGAAGGUUGUUCUUUCGACUAUAUUGACAUCCUCGAUGGAUCACCAAGUGGUUCUCUGCUACAGAAAAUUUGUGUUGGCUCCUCAAAUGCAAUCGUAUCACUUACAAACAAGAUGACAGUUAUAUUUACAAGUGACUACAGUAUUCAAAGAAGAGGAUUUCAGGCUCGGUAUCAAGCUUUUCCCAGAGAUGGCAACUUGAGACUGGUAGCUUCCUCUAACAGAUGUGAAGGUCGUGUGGAGGUUUACCAUGAUGGACAGUGGGGGACAGUUUGCGAUGACGACUGGGAUCUGCAGGAUGCCCAAGUAGUAUGUAGACAACUUGGCUGUGGGGCAGCUAUUUCUGCCCCAGGAAAUGCCUAUUUUGGCCCAGGAACUGGACCCAUUGCCCUGGAUGAUGUCCAGUGUACAGGGAAUGAAUAUCAACUCAUUGACUGUUCUCACAGGAAUUGGUUCUCCCACAACUGUGGUCACUAUGAAGAUGCCAGUGUCAUCUGCUCCAAUGCCAAACAAUAACUUUUUAAACCACAACCUAAAAAAAUACUAAGUAAAUGUAUCUUCUAAGGAAAUAGUGCUGUGGUCAAUCAAUUUUGUUUUUGUCUUAGAUGCUGAAAGGACUGGAAGCUAAGAUGAUAUAAAUGUUUUCGGGCAGCUAGGUGGCGCAGUGGAUAGAGCACCAGCCCUGGAGUCAGGAGUACCUGAGUUCAAAUCCGGUCUCAGACACUUAACACUUACUAGCUGUGUGACCCUUGGCAAGUCACUUAACCGCAAUUGCCUUACUAAAAAAAUAAAAAAAUAUAAAUGUUUUGGUGUCUUGAGCUUGCUGCAACUCUCUUACCCCCACCUUUCUUCCACUAGUGAGUUUUAUCAUUUGAUUUUAUUGGGCCUCCUUAUUUUUCACUGCCAAAACCACACAAUGUCACCCAAGUUGGCCUGAUUGUAAAGGAACUAUAGAACCAUCCACUGUUAUAAAUGGAAGAGGUCUCCCCUCAGUCAUCUAGUCCAACUCCUUUAUUUAAUAUAUGAGGAAACUGAAGGCCAUGGAAAUGAAGUGUUUCAACUCAGCUCCUAUAACUCAUUAGUGGGGAUUCUUGCACUAGAACCCCUGGUGUCCUAACUCCCAAUUUAUUGUUUUAUUAUACUAUGCUUUGUACUCAUGUUGUUGGAAAUCGUCAAAUGACCUGUCUUUAAGUAUUCGAUCUUACUCAUUGAAGGGAGGUUAGGAAACCAACCUACAGGGCCUUGUUCCCCCACCCUCUUCUCUGACUGAAACCCCUUCUUCCAGAUCUCUUCCCUGAAGUAAGCUCAAUAAAUCUUGUCUGGACCA